ACUCCACUUCGCAGAUUCCUUCAACGAAUUCGCCAUUGAUAUCAUUCCGUCUCUAGGGUUUUCCCUCCUCUGGAUUUACUGUUUCUGCUUUUCAGGUUUUACAGCUCACUCGAGCGAUUCUCCCAAUUUUAGGGUUUCGUAAAGCUAUGUUUUCAGGUUUUAUAGUUCAGUCGAGCAAUUGUCAGUAUUUUAGGGCUUGGUUCCAGGGAAACUUCCUCUUUCAAUUGGCAUCAUGCAAGCCCCUGUUGCACCCAAGAACCGAUUGGAGUUUCUCAACACCAGACCUCCACCUAAUUAUGUAGCUGGGCUAGGUCGAGGUGCCACUGGGUUCACCACUCGUUCUGAUAUUGGACCUGCCCGUGCCGCCCCUGACCUCCCUGACAGGUCUGCAGCUGCAGUUGGUGCUGCAGGUCCUUCUGGUGUUGGGCGCGGCCGUGGGAAGGGUCCUGGUGAGGAGGAAGAAGAGGAGGAGGCUGAAGAUAAGGGAUAUGAUGAGAACCAGAAGUUUGAUGAGUUUGAGGGUAAUGAUGUUGGGCUAUUUGCCUCUGCUGAGUAUGAUGAGGAAGAUAAAGAGGCUGAUGCUGUGUGGGAUGAGAUCGAUAAGAGGAUGGAUUCUAGGAGGAAAGAUAGGAGAGAGGCUAGGUUGAAGGAGGAAAUCGAAAAGUAUAGAGCUUCUAACCCCAAGAUUACUGAACAGUUUGCUGAUCUUAAGAGGAAGUUAGUGACACUCUCUGCUGAAGAAUGGGACAGUAUUCCCGAAAUCGGAGAUUAUUCUUUGAGGAAUAAAAAGAAGAGAUUCGAGAGUUAUGUGCCGGUUCCCGAUACGCUACUUGAGAAAGCUAGACAAGAAAAAGAACACGUCACUGCAUUGGAUCCAAAGAGUAGAGCUGUGGGUGGAACGGAGACGCCUUGGUCUCAAACACCAGAUUUGACUGCCGUUGGUGAGGGUAGAGGAACGGUUUUGUCUUUGAAAUUGGAUAGGCUUUCAGAUUCUGUUUCGGGUUUAACUGUUGUCGAUCCAAAAGGGUAUUUGACUGAUCUGAAGAGUAUGAAGAUCACCAGUGAUGCUGAGAUAUCAGAUAUCAAGAAAGCUAGGUUGUUGCUGAAGUCGGUCAUUCAGACAAAUCCAAAACAUCCACCUGGUUGGAUUGCAGCUGCAAGAUUAGAGGAAGUCGCGGGCAAGAUUCAGACAGCGAGGGAAUUGAUCAAGAGAGGCUGCGAGGAAUGUCCAAAGAACGAGGAUGUGUGGAUCGAGGCAUGUCGAUUAGCAAAUCCAGAUGAAGCCAAGGCUGUGAUAGCGAGAGGGGUUAAAGCAAUUCCCAAUUCCGUUAAGCUUUGGAUGCAAGCUGCAAAAUUGGAAAACGAUGACGCCAGUAAAAGUCGGGUAUUGAGGAAGGGUCUUGAAAACAUUCCUGACUCCGUAAGGCUAUGGAAAGCAGUUGUGGAACUUGCUAAUGAAGAAGAUGCAAAGCUUUUGCUUCAGAGGGCCGUGGAGUGUUGCCCAUUACAUGUCGAAUUGUGGCUUGCGUUGGCUAGGUUGGAAACGUAUGAUGCAGCGAAGAAGGUGCUGAAUAAAGCAAGAGAGAAGCUCCCUAAAGAACCAGCCAUUUGGAUCACCGCUGCAAAAUUGGAAGAAGCUAACGGGAACACCGCCAUGGUUGGGAAGAUAAUAGAAAGGGGUAUACGGGCUUUGCAGAGAGAAGGGCUCGAGAUCGACAGGGAGGCUUGGAUGAAAGAGGCUGAAGCUGCUGAACGAGCUGGUUCUGUGGCAACCUGUAAUGCAAUUAUUAGUAACACCAUUGGGAUCGGAGUGGAAGAAGAAGAUCGUAAGACAACUUGGGUUGCCGACGCAGAAGAAUGCAAGAAAAGAGGUUCCAUUGAAACAGCUAGAGCAAUUUACGGUCACGCACUUACCGUGUUCUUAACAAAGAAGAGCGUAUGGCUUAAAGCAGCACAACUUGAGAAGGCUCAUGGCACUCGGGAGUCUCUCGAUGCUCUACUUCGUAAAGCCGUUACCUACAGACCGCAGGCCGAGGUCUUAUGGCUAAUGGGUGCUAAAGAAAAGUGGCUUGCUGGCGAUGUUCCUUCAGCUCGGGCAAUUCUUCAGGAAGCAUAUGCUGCGAUUCCCAAUUCCGAAGAGAUCUGGCUUGCAGCGUUUAAGCUUGAAUUUGAAAACAACGAGCCUGAAAGAGCGAGAAUGCUUCUCGCUAAAGCCCGUGAAAGGGGAGGAACCGAGAGAGUGUGGAUGAAGUCUGCCAUUGUCGAGAGAGAGCUUGGGAACGCCGAAGAAGAAAGAAGGCUGCUCGAUGAAGGAUUGAAACUAUUCCCUUCGUUUUUCAAGUUAUGGUUGAUGCUCGGUCAACUCGAGGAACGGCUCGGUCGCCUGCCGCAAGCAAAGGAGGCAUACGAGUUGGGUUUGAAACAGUGUCAAAACUCAAGCCCUCUUUGGCUCUCACUCGCAAAUCUCGAGGAGAGAAUGACCGGACUGAGUAAAGUUCGAGCUGUUCUGACAAUGGCUAGGAAGAGGAACCCACAUAACCCUGAACUAUGGUUAGCCGCCGUACGAGCCGAGUCAAGACACGGUUCUAAGAAAGAAGCCGACAUUUUAAUGGCGAAGGCGUUGCAGGAAUGCCCGAACAGCGGUAUUCUGUGGGCUGCUUCGAUUGAGAUGGCUCCUAGACCACAACGGAAAACCAAGAGCUCGGACGCUUACAAGAAAUGCGAGCACGAUCCCCAUGUAAUCGCCGCUAUCGGAAAGCUGUUUUGGCACGAUCGGAAGGUGGACAAAGCACGAACUUGGCUCAACCGAGCGGUUACUCUUGCACCAGAUGUUGGAGACUUUUGGGCUUUGCUUUAUAAAUUUGAACUACAACAUGGAACCGAGGAUCAGCAGAAGGAAGUUUUGAGGAAAUGUGUUGCUGCGGAACCGAAACACGGUGAGAAAUGGCAGCCGAUAUCGAAGGCGGUCGAGAAUUCGCACCAACCGGUAGAAGCGAUUUUGAAGAAAUUAGUAGUUGCGCUUGGCAAGGAGGAGAAAGCCGCGGAAGAGAACAAACAUCAGUGACGUUGACGUUGUUUUAGUUGGUUAUGCCUCCGGUUUGUAUACUUCCGUCCAUCGAACGUAUUUUAGUAUGGAUGCUCUAAUUGCGACUUUGCGAGUGCUCUGUCGGGAUGUUUCCGUAGGCCGGCUACUGCUCUGAGUUUAUCAGGGUUGAUUUCUUGCCGUUACAGUUUAUCAGGUGUAGCCUUCCUAAACAUCUAUUGGGAGAUGUUUGCAGAGCCAAUGUUGGAUCUUGAAAUUUUUGCAUAUUUAUGGUGAUGUUGAAGUUCA